AUGGCAAAGCGUAAGAGAUGCAGGCAAAAAAGGAGAGCCCGGGGAAGAUUUCACCUGAAACAAAAGAGAGAUGCUGCAAAGCCCCGGGGCUCAGUUUGUCCUUCCCCACGGUCACCAGUUGAUCUCCCUCUGCACCCAGCACCUGUUCCAAGAUGCUCCAUCUGGCCAUCAGCCUUGCCCAGCAUAAAAGAUGUGGUAAAACCCUUGGAAUCAGCAGCAAAAAAUGUGAUAAAACCCUUGGAAUCAGCAGCAAAAAAUGUGAUCAAACCCUUGGAAUCAGCAGCAUCAUUUCUGUAUUGGUGGGGCCAGAACACAAUUGCACAGAGUUUUAAGGUGGUUAAAGACACCAUAUUUCCGUCACACAUCUACUUAAGGGAACUAAAUGCGUUGAGAGAGCAGCUGGAAAAGUUGGAAAGUGAAUUUUCCAAGCUCCAAGAAACACUCCAGGUGAACGGAACUGCAGCUUUGUCUCCAGAAAAUCCUCUUUGCCAAAAGUGUCACAAACCAGUCCUGGGUGCUCCUGUACAGACACAGAUGGACCUGGUGCCAUCAGUGCCUGCUCCUCCUCCUCCUCCUCCUCCUCCACCUCCUCCUCCUCCCCCUCCUCCUCCACCACCACCACUGCCCCCACCAAAACUGCCUCCAGCACCUCUCCUCCUCAAACGAGGCGCUGGCUCCAAAGCACCUCUGGCACCACCAGUGAAGAAGGACGGGCCGAUGCAGAUCACGCUCAAAGACCUCCUGAAUGUCAAGCUGAAGAAGACAAACAGCAACCUGAGAAUGGACAAGGCAGAAUCACCAGGGAAGCCACUCAGGGCAUUAAUUACAGUCUCAGAUCUACAGAGUAUUAGUUUGAGACCUAAAUCCAAGCCAUCAGCUCACGUCACAAAUUCCUUAAUUACUCCCCCUAAAAAUCAGAUUGAUCUUCGGAAACAUCUGAAGAAAGUCAAUAUACAAAGAAGUCCUGGUGGCACUCCUCUAAAUAAUAAAGAAAACAUUGAAUGUGGCUCUGGGUUGACACCAAUAAUGACACAGGCACUGCGACGCAAAUUCCAGAUGGCUCAUCCGAAGAGUCCCUCCCCUGCCCGGUUAAGUGCUGCAAACAGCUUUGAUGAAAAGUAAAAAGGAAAGUAGGUUUAUGAAACAAUGUA